AUGAACAUGCAAGAUGAAACUGCAAAAUCAGAGCAAGAUGUAUCUAAAGAUGAACAAAGUGAGAACAUCUCUGCUACUCAUGCAACAACUGAGAGUGUGUCUGCUACACAUAACACAACUGACAAAGAGAGUAGGGAUCAAAGUGAAAAGAAUGUGGAGCAAAAACAGGAUACAAUUUUACCUGAAAAGGAUAAACAUGAUGUUGACCAAAGUAAGCAAAAACAUGUUCAGCCAGAAGGGAAAAGCAAUCUAGAAAAGAAUACUCCUGAAAAAAAGGACAAAAAUGAAGUUGAUCAGAGUGAAAAGAAUGUGGAGCAAAAACAGGAUACAAUUGUACCUGAAAAGGACAAAAAUGAAGUAGAUCAAAGUAUCAUACAUUUACAUGAAGUACAAAGAAUCGACAAUCAGAAUUAUGAAAAUUCUCAAAAGAAUGGAAAAGGUGAAGCAAAACAGAAAGAAAAAGGGUCAGUAGAAGAGAAAACUGUGGAAACUGAGCUGAAAGAAGGACAAGAGGGGGAAAAAGGGACUGAAAAAGAGAAAAGCCUUAAAGAGAAAACUGUGGAAGAUGUCUUUCCAGAGACAACAAAUCAGAAAGAAGGACAGGAAGGAAAAAAAGGGACUGAAAAAGAGAAAAGCCCUAAAGAGAAAACUGUGGAAGAUAUCUUUCCAAAGACAACAAAUCUGAAAGAAGAACAAGAGGGAAAAAAGGGCCUGAAAAAGGAAAAAGCCCUAAAGAGAAAAUUGUGGAAGAUGUCUUUCCAAAGACAACAAAUCUGA